UUGAAGCCACCUUGUAGGGGAAGAGUUUUCUGCUGGUCCCUUGCUUGCUUUCUUUGCAUGCUGGCUUGGUCUUGGCGGGCUCCUGUCCUGACCAGACUGCUGUAAGGAAACAGGCUAGAGAUGAGGCUGCCUGCUCCUGAGCUGAGCACCCGAAAGCACCACUGGGCAGGCUGAGGCUACCAGGAGUACUCGUUGCAUCUCCCACACCAUGCGUUGCCUGGCUCCACGCCCUGCGGAGUCCUACCUGCCAGAGUCUCAAGGCAGUGGACAGUGUUCCACCAUGGAGCUGGGGCCUCUAGAAGGUGGGUACCUGGAGCUGCUCAACAGCAAUGCCGACCCUUUGCAGCUCUACCACCUCUAUGACCAGAUGGACCUGGCUGGAGAGGAAGAGACCGAUCUCUGCUCAGAACCUGACACGGACACCAUCAACUGCGAGCAGCUCAGCAGGCUGUUGUGCGACAUAGAAAGUGAUGAAGAGACCAAGGAAGCUUAUGCCAAUAUCGCGGAACUGGACCAGUAUGUGUUCCAGGACUCCCAGUUCGAGGGCCUGAGCAAAGACAUUUUCAUCGAGCACAUAGGAUUAGAAGAAAUGAUCAGCGAGAGUGUGGAGAUGCUGGAGGAAGCAGCACAAAAGAGUCAGAAAAGACCCUUCCCAGAGGAGCUGCCUGCAGACCUGAAACACAGGAAGCUCGCCGAGCCCGUGACUGCGCCCAUGAUGACUGGCACUUUCCUGGUGGGGCCAUUGAGUGACUCCUCGGCUCUGCCCUGCCCAUCACCCCUUGCUCUGUUCAACAAGGAGCCGACAUCCGUCCAGACCCAACUGGAGGAAACCAUCCUGACGCCUGCGCCCCCCUCCAGUUCCUUGCUGAGCUGCCUGGGUCUCCCUGCUGGGUCCAUCCACAUCAUCCCCACCCUCCCUGCUCUGCCCCAGGGGCUCUGGCAAAUCGCAGGAGCCGGGACAGAGGUGUCCAGUAUACUCAUCUACCAAGGCGAGAUGCCCCAAGCACCCCCUUCCAGCAGCCCAGCUAUCCCCAGCCUCCCAAAGUCCCCAGACCGGCCUGGCUCCACCAGCCCCUUCGCCCCGGCUGCAGCUGACCUUCCCAGCAUGCCAGAGCCAGCCCUGACCGCCCGUGCAAACAUAACAGAGGAUGAGAUGUCCCCCGCCAAAUGCCGGGCAGCUCGCAAGGUCUCCAGCAAGCUCCCCAAAUAUCCUGAGAGCGUGGAGCAGUUUUGCCGUUCACUACGGGACAAGUACCAGGCCAAGCCCGCAGGCCCGGAGGACAUCCUGGUGGAGGUGGACCUGAUGAGGGCCCGGCUGGAGAGGAGCAGCAGCAAGAGCCUGGAGAGGGAACUGGUCAUCCUGGACUGGGCAGAGCAGCAGCCAGCCCGCGGGGGUCUGGCUGGGGUGCUGCUUGCUGCUAGCGACUGCCGGCGGCCGCGUGAGACACAGGUGAUUGCUGUGCUGGGCAAGGCAGGACAGGGGAAGAGCCACUGGGCCCGGGCAGUGAGCCGGGCCUGGGCCUGUGGCCAGCUGCCACAGUACGACUUCGUCUUCUACCUGCCCUGCCACUGUGUGGACCGACCAGGGGACACCUACCGCCUGCAGGAUCUGCUCUUCUCCCUGGGCCCGCAGCCACUGCCGGGGGACAGUGAGGUCUUUGGUCACAUCCUGAGGAGGCCUGACCGCCUCCUGCUCAUCCUGGAUGCCUUUGAGGAGCUCGAAGCCCAAGACGGCCUCCUGCCCAGUACAUGUGGACCCAUGUCGGCGGCGGAGCCCAGCUCCCUCCGAGGGCUGCUGGCCGGCCUCCUCCAGCGCAAGCUGCUGCGAGGCUGCACCCUGCUGGUCACGGCCCGGUCCCGGGGCCGCCUGGCUCAGAGCCUGAGCAAGGCGGACACCCUGUUCCAGAUGGCCGGCUUCUCGGCCCAGCAGGCUGAGACCUACGUGGAGCGCUACUUUGAACAUUUGGGGGCCACUCACCACCAGGAAAGAGCCGCGGCGCUCCUCCGGGGCCAGCCCCUUCUUCUCAGCCACAGCCACAGCCCCACUGUGUGCCGGGCCGUGUGCCAGCUCUCGGAGGCCCUCCUGGAGCUGGGAGAGGAGGUCGAGCUGCCUUCCACACUGACGGGACUCUAUGUUGGCCUGCUAGGCCCAGCGGUCCGUGACAGCCCCCCUGGGGCCCUGGAGACCAUGGCCAGGCUGGCCUGGGAACUGGGCCGCAGACACCACAGCGCCCUGCGGGAGGACCAGCUCCCAGAGAAGGUGAGGGCCUGGGCUGUGGCCAAAGGCUUGGUGCAGCCUUGCCCUGGGGCUCCAGAGACCGAGCUGGCCUUCCCCAGCUUCCUCCUGCAGUGCUUCCUGGCGGCCCUGUGGCUGGCCCUGAGCAGUGAGAUCAAGGACAAGGAGCUGCCGCAGUACUUGGCACUGACCCCGAGGAAGAAGAGGCCCUAUGACAACUGGCUGGAGGGCAUGCCACGCUUUCUGGCUGGGCUGGUCUUCCAGCCUCGUGCCCGCUGCCUGGGAGCCCUGGCCGGGCCGGUGGUGGCCAGUGUGGUGGAUAGGAAGCAGAAGGCGCUCACCAAGUACCUGAAGCGACUGCAGCCAGGGUUGCUGCAGGCCAGGCGGCUGCUGGAGCUGCUGCAUUGUACCCACGAGGCGUUGGACGCUGGCCUUUGGCGGCAUGUGGUGCAGGGGCUCCCCGACAACCUCUCCUUCCUGGGUACCCGGCUUACACCUCCGGACACCCACAUCCUGGGCAGGACCCUGGAGACAGCGGACCGUGACUUUUCCCUGGACCUCCGCAGGACUGGCAUUGACCCCUCUGGACUCAGGAGUCUCGUGGGACUCAGCUGUGUCACCCAGUUCAGGGCCGCCUUGAGUGACACGGUGGGGCUGUGGGAGUCCCUACAACAGCAUGGGGAGGCCAAGCUACUCCAGGCGGUGGAAGAGAAGUUCACUAUUGAGCCUUUCAAAGCCAAUUCCGUGAAGGACGUGGAAGACCUGGGCAACCUUGUGCAGAUCCAGAGGACAAGAAGUUCCUCAGAAGACAUCGCCGGGGAACUCCCCGCCAUCCGGGACUUAAAGAAGCUGGAGUUUGCGCUGGGCCCUGUCGCAGGCCCCCAGGCUUUCCCCAAACUGGUGAGGAUCCUGGAGGCCUUCUCCUCCCUCCAGCAUCUGGACCUGGACUCACUGAGCGAGAACAAGAUCGGGGAUGAGGGUGUUGCACAGCUCUCAGCCACCUUCCCUCAGCUGAAGGCCCUGGAGACACUCAACUUGUCCCAGAACAACAUCACGGAUGUGGGCGCCUGCAAGCUCGCCAAAGCCCUGCCCUCACUGGCUGCAUCCCUUCUCAGGCUGAGCUUGUACAAUAACUGCAUCUGUGACGUGGGAGCCAAGAGCCUGGCACAUGUGCUUCCGGACAUGGAGUCCCUGCGGGUGCUGGAUGUCCAGUACAACAAGUUCACAGCCGCCGGGGCCCAGCAGCUCGCGGCCAGCCUGAGAAAGUGCCCUGAUGUGGAGACACUGGCGCUGUGGACACCCACCAUCCCUUUUGGUGUCUUGGAACAUCUGCAGCAGCUGGACUCCCGGAUCAGCCUGGGAUGACCCCGCUGGGCCUGGGACAAGACCCCCCACCGACCCUUCUCCAAGGACACGGACCACGCUGGACCUUGAACUGGUUAUCUGUGGACACAGCUCUUCUCAGGUCAUAUCCUACGAGCCUCAGGGUCCUGGCACCCAGUCCUGCCGGCUACGGAAAGGACCCAUGGCCUGCUACCCCGACAGACCCAGGCCCGGCUCCAGGCUCCUUCGGGGCCCAGGUUGAUGCCAGCCCUACACAGCCGCUGCAGCCCUGGUAGACAGGUGGGUGCCUGAUGGCAGCUGCCGUCCACCCAGGAGCCCUGGCGCAUUUUCUACGGGACACUCCAGAAGCCGCCAGAGAGAGGAACCGAGGCAGCAUGUCUCCGCCUCCGCAGGGCCCCGCCAGGCUGGGGAGAAAGCACUUCUCCAGGCUGCUGUCCUAACGGGGCACGCUCGGCGCUUUGAGGGUCCCAGAGGGGAACCGGAUCCAAGCUGCAACUGACUCUGAGGCAGCUGCUCUCUGUCUGUGGGACUCACGGUUUGCAUUAAACUUGUUGGCCGAGGCCCAAGCCGGGCCAGGCCAGGCCAGACGCACUGGACCUUAGCUGGAAGCAACUGAUGGUACACUAAUGGAGGGGCGGGCGGGGGCGACUGGAGCGUGCCUGCCUCUUGCCUUCGUUUGUGCCUCUUCACUACAUUAUAAAUGACUCACUCAACCCCA